GCCUCACUUAAGUCAAUUCGAAACAGCGAUGCAUAUUGCUAUCAUUUUGAUUACAAUUCUGCCUCUGGCAUUAUGCUGCCCACCGGCAGAUUCUUUAUAUCCAUGCAUUUGCAAGGAAUUCGAUUCUGUUAUGACAUUAGAUAUCAUAUGUGAAGGACUGACUAAUAUUUAUGAUCUUCAAAAUUCAGCAGCAGCUUGUAAGAAGAGAUCCAAUAUACGCAAUUUUAGAAUAAUAAAUUCUGUGUUCAAUUUUAUUCCCCAAUUUACUUUCAAUGAGAGCUUAUUCACGACACUGGAAGUGAAGGAUUCGACUAUGUAUUCGAUAAGCAAUACGGGAAAAGCUUUCAGAGGCUUGGAAAAAACACUGCAUACUUUAGUAUUGAAAAACAGUACAUUUUUUGGGUUAUGGAAUUGGUCGAAAUUGAAACUUCUCAAGAAAAUACGUCAUUUAAUGGUCAGCGACAGCGGACUUCAGUCAAUUGAAAAAGACAUUGAAAACAUUAAUUUUGUUAAGGGUGUGGAUUUAUCAAAGAAUGAUAUUUCAUGGAUUUAUGCUCAUGCUUUCGAAAAAUUUGAAGACCUAAGUUAUCUUAUUUUAGCUGAAAAUAAAAUAAAGGAAUUGAAAAGGAGUAUGCUACCUAAUCCAGGUCCAGUAUUUCGUUUUAUUAAUCUGAGGCAAAACCAAAUUCAAACACUUCCGAUCGACAUGUUUCAAAAUAUGCCUAAACUUGACACUUUCCUGAUCUCCGGUAAUCAUAUUUUGACCCUAGAUGAGAGAACAUACUCAGCAGCUUGGAAUCAGCUAGCCUUUAUAGAUCUAGAUGAUAAUGACCUUAGAUGUGACUGCAGAAUGUCCUGGAUUAUCAAAACGAGAUUACCAAGAACUACAAUAGGAUUCUGUUCAGAACCACCAGAAUUAAAGGGAAAGAAUUUAACUAAGCUCACUGGGAAAGAUCUCUGGUGUUAACGGACUUUCUAUGAAUUGAACCAGCAUAGUUUCCUUUGAAGAUUGAUAUAAAAAUGAUAUCAAUAUUUUAAUAUCUAAUUAAUUAAAAAUGAAUUAAUAACCAA